AUGCUUAAAUUUUUAAAUGUUAAGAGUCCAGUGGUAAGUUCAGAUGUGGAUGAAAUAACAGAUGAUAGCGAUAAAGGAGAUGUAAGUUACACUUUAGAAGAAUUAAGAAUGAAAAUGGAGAUAACUCAGAAAAAACAUUUUGGUUAUAAGAAUUUAAAAGAUUUUCAAGUAGAAGCUGUUCAUGCUACUUUUCAUAAGAAAGAUAGUUUUAUUGUUAUGGCAACGGGUAUGGGUAAAUCACUUUGUUAUCAGAUUCCGUCCCUCAUGGAUGUAUGUAGAAAGAAAUUUACUAUUGUUAUAUCUCCUUUAAUAUCUUUAAUGAAAGAUCAAGUUGAUAACUUGAAUAGAAAAAGAAUAUCAUCUGUUUUUUUAGGUAGUGGACAGAAAAUGAAUAAUAAUAAAAUAUUGAACGAAAUUAAACAUGGUAUAUAUAAAAUUGUUUAUUGUAGUCCUGAAUAUGCAUUAAAUAAUAAAGAUGUAUUUAUUUUAUUAAAAAAUCGCAUUUUACUUAUUGCGAUCGAUGAAGUUCAUUGUAUGUCGGAAUGGGGACAUGAUUUUCGUCCUUCUUAUAGAAAAUUAAAUGAACUCAGAAUAAUUUUAAAAGAAAUCCCCAUAAUGUGUUUAACGGCUACAUGCACAAAGAAUGUUCAGAGUGAUAUACUAAAAAAUUUAAAUUUCGAUUUACAAAAUUGUUUAAUAAAACGAAGUAGUGUUAAUAAGAAAAAUUUGUUUUAUAGUGUUCGAGAGAAAACCGAUAUAUAUCAUGACUUAAAAGAUAUUUUAGAUAUCCCUUUAAAAGAAUCCAUAGAAAGAACAAAAAAGUUUAUAGAUAAUUCAAAAAUAUGUUCAUAUAAUUCAACACUUAUUUAUGUAAACUCUAAAAAAGAAUGUGAAAGUGUUUAUUCCUUUUUAAAAGAAAAAGGGUUAUUAGUAUUAAUGUAUCAUGCAGAUUUAACAAAUGAUCAAAAAAAAGAAGCUCAUGAAAAAUUCUUAAAAGAUGAAAUACAAAUAAUUGUUGCUACGGUUGCUUUUGGAAUGGGUAUUGAUAAACCAGAUAUUAGAAGAAUUAUACAUUAUGGUUUUGCAAGAUCAUUAGAAGCAUAUGUACAACAAGUUGGAAGAGCUGGUAGAGAUAAUAGUGAUGCUGAAGCUAUACUCUUUUUUCAUAUUAAUGAUGAAUCCAAAAUUAAAAAUAUUAUUCUAAGAGAAAAUACAGCUAAUAAUUUAAUAGAAACAAAUUUUCAAAGAGUAGAACAUAUAGUACAUAUAUUUACACAAGCAUCUGAUUAUGCGUAUUCUACAGCAUGUAGAAGAAAAAAAAUAUAUGAAUAUUUUGAUGAAGCACCUUUAACAUCUUAUGAUAUAGACAUUUUUAAUGAUAAACGGAAUGAAGGAAUAUGUUAUUAUAUAAAGAAGUAUGAUAUAUAUUUAUGUGGUAAAUGUGAUAAUUGUGUAUAUUGUCUAAAUUUAAUAAAAAAAAAAAAUGGAAUUAAAACGAAUAAGAUAAAUAAUAAUAAUAAUAAUAAUAUUAAUAUUUAUAGUAAUAGUAAUAAUAAUAAUAAUAUUAAUAGUAAUAAUAAUAGUAGGGAGUAUUAUCUUGAUAAUGAUAUAAAAAAAGAAACAAGCUUAAAAUCACUCACAUGUUAUUAUAUUUCCUCAUCUUCCAAUUCUUCUUUUUCAUCAUAUAUUUUUGAUAAUGUUGUUGAUUUAACAAAUGAAUUGAAAACACUUUUAAAUUGUAUCUCUUCCUUAAAAGGGAAAACAGGAUUAUCUACUGUAUGCAAAAUAUUGGUAAAAAGUAAAGAAUCUUCUAUUAUUAAAAAAAAUUAUCAUAAUAUUAAAGAAUAUGGUAAAGGAGCACAUAAAUCCACAAAUUGGUGGUCGUCUUUUAUGAAAGUUGUAAGGAAUGAUAAGUUUAUAAAAGAAACAUUAAAUUGUGGGAAAGAAAUGUGUUAUAUAAGUGUAGGUGUUACGGACAAAGGAGAGGAAUUCAUACAAAGUAAAGAAAAAUAUAUUAUAGCAUUACCAUUCUUUUUAAAUACAUCACCUAAAUCGUCUAAUACUAGAAAUAAAAAAACGAAAAAAGAUACUUAUGGUAAGUAUAGUAAUAAUAAAGAAACCAAAUAUGAGAAUAUUACAUAUGAAUAUAAAGAUAAAUAUAAUGAUAAUGAUAAUGAUAAAGAUAAUGAUAAUGAUAAUGAUAAUGAUAAUGAUUAUAGUAAGGAUAUUUAUAAUGUGGAUGAUUAUAAAUAUGAUGAUCAUCAUAUUUCAAGUAAAAUCAAACAACAACAAGAACAACAUAAUAAUAAUAUUAGAGAUAUAUAUUAUAAUGAUAAAGAUGUUGAAUAUGAUAAAUCUAUUCAUAAUAUUAACAAAAAUACAAAUAAAAAUUUGAGCUAUAUAACUAUCGAAUCAGGUGAUGAAAAAGGAAAUACAAAUUGUAUUAUUAAUAAGGAAAAUAUAAAUAGAGAUAAUAAUUUUGAAAAAACACAUAAAAAUAAUAUAGAGAAAUAUGAAUAUAUAGAAAGUUAUCAGAAACAAAAAAACAAUAAUAAGAAUAAUAAUAUUCAAAUUAAUAAUAAGAAAUAUGAUGAUAAUAAAUAUGAAUAUUUUAAUAUAAAUAAAAAUGAUUUCAUUAUGAAAGAAAAUAGAUAUACUAAAGAAGAAAAAAUAUUAUCUGAUGAACAAAUUAAUGAUUCUAUUAUGAAAAUAUUAUUAAGAACAAGAAUGUUAGAAGCAAGAAAACAAAACAUACCACCUUUUCAAUUAAUAUCUGAUCAACCAUUAAAGGAUAUAUGUCAUAAAAGAUUAACAUCGGUCGAAUUAAUUAGGAAACAUGUCUAUAAUAUUUCCCCAAUUUGUCCAAAUACUUUUCUCGAAAAAAUCGUAUCAGGUAUUAGAGGAUUUUGUUUAUUACAUGAUUUAAAAACAGAUAUUCUAAAUUUAAAUAUUUAUAACCCUAAUCAUAACAAUUCUCCAAUACCCAUCAAUGCAAAAACAUCGACACUUAAAAAUUUUGAAAAUUUAAUUUCUUCUUAUAAUUAUUAUGAUCGAAAUAAAUAUGCACCACGUGAAGAAAGCAAAAGUAAUGAAACAUAUAGUUAUGAACAUUAUACAGGCACGGAACGUAAAUGUAAACAUUUUGUUACUCAAGAAGAUGAAUAUAAUCAUGCCGACAUUUCAAAAAUGAGUAGACAUACUAAUAUUUAUGAACACAAAAAGAACAUGAACGAUCAUACAUAUGAUCUUCAUAAUUAUAAUAAUAAUAUAACAUAUGAUUAUGGAGACAUUCCAAAAAAUACAUUAAUUCAAUAUAAGAAUAGUCUCACGGAUCAAAAUACAAUAAGUAUGAGUGACAUAAAUAGUGAUAACAAGAAUAUGGUAUAUAAUAACCAUAUAUUUAAUAAAAAUCAUAGUAUUAUUACAAAUUAUAAUAGUAGUGCUGAAAAUAAUUCUUCUUUACAAAAUGAAUUCUAUCGAAAAAAAACAAAUAUAAUAGAUGAUAACAAUAUUGGACAUCAUACCUAUAAUAUUAAUGAUAAUUAUCAUACUAACGAUGUAUUAUUAACAAAUGCUAUAAUUAAAGAUCGUCCUAAGAAAAAACAUGAUGAUAUAUUUAGUAAUUUUUGUUAUAAACGUGAUGAAAGCGAAACAGGUGUUCAAGGAAAUGUAACACAUGUGAAGAAAGAUAUAAAUAAAGGCUAUCAAGAAAAUAAAAAUGAUAUUACCUUUUUACAAAAUAAUAUUAGUCAACACACAAACAAUAUGAUACAUAAUAAUGGUAAAGAUGUAAAGAAUAAUCUUAGUGCCUUGGAUGAUGAUGAUGAUGAUGAUGAUGAUGAUUUUAAAUUUAUUAAUCAAAUUCAAACACUUGGAUUACAUGAACAAAAUUGUAAAGAGGAAAAUAAUUAUCAAAAUAGCUUAACGAAUGAACAUGUACAUAUACCCAAUUAUAAUUUAUAUCAAGAGGAAAAUACACGAAAUGAAAAUGAAAAAAGAAAAAUAAAUAUAAAUUUAAAACAAGAAGACCAAAACAUAUAUACUAAAAGACAUCAAUAUUUAACUAAUCCAAAUGAACAUAGUGUUAAUAAUAUGCAUAAUAUACAUUUAAAAGAAAAUAAUAUUCCUAAGUAUGAUUAUACAAAUCAAAAUGUGCAUGAAAGUAAUCAAAAAAAAAAUGAUUUUUAUGAAGAAAAAAAAAAAAAAUUCAAUUUUAUAGAAUCCUUUUCAUAUAAUAAUAAUCAAGAAGAUAAAAAGCGUGUAAACAAUUUGGAUAUAUUAGAUCAGUUCGUUUAUAGAGACGUAAAAAAAAGAAAAACAUGA